AUGAAUAGCCAGUGUAGGUUACCUUAUUACACAGCCCAGAGCAGCCCUGCAAUGGGCAUGUUUAAUUCCUCCAUGGGGAAACUUCAGCAACAACUUUACAAAGGGGAGUAUACAAUAUUCAGGUACGCACCAAUGUUCGAGAGUGACUUCAUCCAAAUCAGCAAAAGAGGAGAAGUGAUAGAUGUGCACAACCAUGCUCGAAUGGUGACUGUGGGCAUUGUACGCACCAGCCCCAGCCUCACAUUACCUGAUGUAAUGCUACUGGCCCGACCAGCAGCUAUUUGUGAAGAUUAUGCCAGAUAUACGUUGGUCACCCAGGAAAGAAAUAAGAAGCACACCCAGACCUUGGAACUAACAAGGCUGCUUCCCUUGAAGUUUGUAAAGAUAACCAUCCAUAACAAUUACAAACAACAGCUCCGCCUGAAGCUUGCCACUGGCCGUUCUUUUUAUCUUCAACUCUGCCCCCCUUCAAAUACAAGAGAAGAUCUAUUUGUUCACUGGGAAAACCUUGUUUACACCCUGAGACCACCAGUGGAGGCUUACAGCCGUAGUAGCCAGGCCAUCCUAGCCGGGGAUACACUAGACAUAGCUGUGUUUGAAAAAGAAGACGACAGCUCAGCAGCACAUGCUAUGAAGUAUUUUGGAAGAUAUAAAGAUCAAAUCAGCAUCAGUAGCCUUCAGAUGAACCCUGACCUGUUUAGGCUCACCUAUUUUGGAUAUUCUAGGGAAGAAUGA